AAUGAGCUGUGCAUGUAUGUUUGUUUAUUGUAAUAAUUGUGAAUUCGGUCCCUGUAUACCCUUAGAAAUUCAUCUGAAGAGAUUCAGUUGUAAAAUUGCUAGUCUUUGGGACAGAUGUCUUUUAAUCAAAGUAAAAGUGAACGGGAAACCAAUAACAAAGUGAAGAAUAGACAAAGUGUCGCUUCUACCACACAAUAUUGACUAACAAAGUUGUAUUCUCGUGAAUAAAAAUCGAUGUCAAUCACAUUUUUUAGCGAUUAAAUUUUGAAGUUCAGCUCUUUUAAUUUCCAAGUGAAGGACAACUCAUUUUGCUGUUUGACAGAUAAUUCGGUGUCAUAAUAAAUACGAUUUUGUUUCAACACAAGUGACAGUGAACAAAGUCAAUUCAAGCCUGAUCUCAUUCAUUGACUGUUGAAAAUCAUCGAUACGCAAAAAGGGCACACUAACAACGUUCGAAGCACGAUGAUCGUAUUAUCGUCCGUAAUAUAUAGUAACCAAGAAUCAAUUGGAGUAUAAUAUUUUACAAAAGACUGUACAGUACAUUUACUUCAUGCGAAUGUCAAGGGUAGCCAAAGUGUUGUGUUCAUUUUUUUUCAUGUGAUUAACUCAAUGAAUAGAUGCGUUGUGUUGGUCCUGUUAAUGUGAUAUUCAUGAACUUCUGAGUUCGAUAAACAUUUUAGUCAAACUAACUUUUCUUAACUACAUUUUUUGUUGAAAGUUCCUUUAUAAAUUCAUUUGCAUAUGUCAAGUGAAUAGGUAGACGACCGUUUUGAAUAAUUAGUGUGUGAAUGUACAAAAACUAUCAGUAGUUAAUGUUUUUGUCAUAAAAGCAAUAUAAACUAAAGCGAAAAGAUUAAUAAUCAAAAUUGUAGUCAAUAUGCAAAAUCUACUACCAAAUUUUACAAAACGCCAAUGGCUCACGUUAAUCAUUAUUGGGCUAGCUGAUUUUUGCAAUGCAAUUUGUGUUAGUCUACAGGCGCCAUUUUUCCCGCAAGAAGCAGAGAAAAAGGGAUGUUCAGCAACAGAGUAUGGGCUUGUAUUCGGUGUCUUUGAAUUAGUUGUAUUUAUAGUAUCACCGCUGUAUGGUCAAUAUUUAAACCAUAUAGGACCAAAAGUAUUAUUUAAUGGCGGUAUUUAUACUACUGGCAUUUCAGCCAUUUUCUUUGGCUUGCUUGAUCGCGUACAGGGACACGGUCUAUUUAUUACAUUAGCCUUUAUCAUUCGAAUCAUCGAAGCACUUGGAAAUGCAGCAUUUUUAACUGCAUCGUUUGCCAUUAUUGCAAAAGAAUUUCCCGAUAAUGUAAGCAUUACUUUCGCUUCAUUAGAGACAUUCUUCGGAUUGGGUUUGAUCGUUGGACCAAUGGUUGGCGGUAUCCUUUAUCAAUUUGGAGGUUACUUCUUGCCAUUUGCUACGCUUGGUAUGUUGCUGUUCAUGACGGCUGUGAUAACAAUGUGCGUACUACCGAGACACAAUGAACAGCUGCAACAAGGCCAUUCCAAUGCUUCAAUACUGACCUUAUUGAAGAUUCCUGGAAUGGUCAUUUGUGCGAUGUCCAUCAUGGCAACAAGUGCAUCAAUUGGAUUUCUCGGAGCAACUCUUGAGCCACAUCUACGACAAUUCGAUCUGAGCCCUGUUUUACUCGGUAUUGUUUUUAUUAUAAAUGGUGGAUUCUAUGCGGUAACGGCGCCAAUUUGGGGCUGGAUGGUUGAUAAAUUUCUACAUCCAAAACUCUCAGCUCUAAUAGGUGGCAUUUUAAUUGCCACAGCAUUUUGUUUAAUUGGACCUGUAUCGUUUUUACCGUUUUCAACUACACUCGGUAUGAUAAUCACUGGAUUGGUAAUGCAUGGUUUUGGUAUAGCUGCCAUUCUAGUGGCUAGCUUCGCAGAUGCACUUCGAACAGCAAUACACCAUGGUUUUUCUGACACAAUCGAAACGUACGGUUUAGUAUCUGGAUUAUGGACAUCAACGUUUGCAUUUGGUGCAUUUUUUGGGCCAUCCGUAAGUGGUUUACUGUACGAUUCAAUUGGUUUUCGCAAAGCGGUGUUGUUCAUCAUACUACUUCAUGCGAUCGUCGGUUUUAUCGUUUUGAUGACACUUUUAUUUGAAAGAAAACCACAACCGUACAAAGAACUCACCGAUACAGAACCACUCCUUCGAAACGAGAAAUUAAAAUUUGAACCAACAAAUUUGAACGGAAGCACAAUAUCUAUCGAUCAACAACACACAUGUCCGAUGACGAAUGUUAUGGUGUGCAGUGGCUUAAAUCACAAAAAUUGCCAAACAUGGUCGAGUCGUUACGAACAAGAAGGUCUACUAUCCCGAAACAGUUCAUAUUAUGGAAGCUGUUGUGAGGCACCACAAAGAUGUUCCAUUGGACGAGAAACAAUUGCCUAAAUAUUAAUAUUAUCCCAAAGACAAUAACAACAAAGUCUUGCCAAAACGUGUGAAAAAAUUAAACAAAUUGUCUAUUUUGUGUAUAAUAUACUAUUUUUUUACUGUGUGUCACUGACAUAGUGUCACAUAUUUUGUUUAAACUCAUUAGACCACAUCAAUCAAUGAACAUGACAUACAUUCUCGUAAUUCAGAAAAAUUAAUUUGAAACAACAAAAAAUGAACUUUAAUUUAUUCAA